CGUUUCGAAAUAGGGGAAGUGCUCGAAUGAGACUUCAGGGCAUCGAACGCGGGCUGGAAGGGCUGCCACAGUAUUCCUUCUUCUCUUGCAUGGGAGAAUAAGUUUUCUUCCAGGUUCUGGGCAAGAUGUUUUUGGUGGGAUUGUCAGGUGGCAUUGCAUCAGGGAAAAGUACAGUAGCAGCUCUGUUGCAGGAAUUGGGCUGUGUUGUUAUUGAUGCUGAUGUUAUAGCUCGUCAAGUGGUCCAGCCAUGCUUCCAGGCAUAUCAACGUAUUGUGCAUUCCUUUGGUCCAGAAAUUCUCUUGGAGAAUGGUGAGAUCAACCGUGAAGCUCUAGGAAGUAUAAUUUUUUCCCAGCCAGAAAAACGUAAGCUGCUAAACUCCAUCACUCAUCCUGAGAUCCAGAAGGAGAUGUUAAAACAGAUCUUGAAAUACUUUGUGUUGGGCUACCGAUAUGUGAUUCUGGAUAUCCCUCUCCUCUUCGAAACCAAAAUGCUGAGCAAGUUUAUGAAGCACACAGUUGUUGUGUAUUGUGACCCACAAGCUCAGCUGUCUCGCCUGAUGCACAGGAAUGGGCUGACUCAGACAGAGGCAGAAGCACGCAUUGCUGCCCAGAUGCCCCUUGCUCAGAAGGUCAAGCUGGCUGACCAUGUCAUUGACAACUCAGGAGACGCUGAGGCCACCAAGAGACAGGUCCUGGAAUUGCAUGCAGCUUUGGAGGACUCCUUGGACUUCCUUAUAGUGCGCUUAUUGGCUGUUGCAGCAACAGCAGGAGUUGGAGGCUUGGUGUACUUUCUGAUACAGAAGCUUGUGUGAGAGAGUGUCCUUUCUUUAUCAAAGAGGACAGAGGAAAUCUAGACCUUUAAUUGGCUUUGCUAUCUGAAUGCAAAACACUCAAAAAUUCAAGCAACAGUCUCGUUAAAGCCUUUCUGAUUUUUUUCUCUAAAAAUCUCAGUGGAAAGAGGCUGAAUCUGAAGUGAUUCUUUGCCUUUUUCCCCCUCUUUCAAAGUGCUUGCACAAAAGAUUGAUUAUGAGUGAAGAUGGAAUUUGGGUGGGGACUUGGAUUAGUAAGUGGAGGCAGAACUUUUGGCCUGCUAGGUUGAGAGGCAGUGAUUGGGGAGCUAAAUGAAUUGAACAAGCGAAGUAUCAAAGUGCUCUUCUCAUAUUAAUUUUUGGCAUGAGAAUAGCUACAACAGUGCUUUUUUUUGGGGGGGGGAACCUUAUCCUUCAGAUGGAUGACAUCUACUGACCAUCUCUUAGAAAUGUUUACUUUGGUGGCUUCUUCAAGGAUGUAGUCAGCAUAAAAUACUAAUUCUACCAGAAUGGGUGAGAAGCACAUGGUACCAAAACACCACCUACAAGGAAAUGAGGAAUCAAACCUGUAGACUUUCAGUAGGACAUUGUGCUGCUUCAUAUUGUUUAAUGUCAUUUUAUUAAAAAGACUAAUGUAACCCAGUGUUAUAUAACCAGCA